CAUGGCUUCUGGCACCUAGCUGCCACUACUAGAACAACGACAACGACGAAGACAAUGCCUCUUGUAAAGGGGAAAAGCUUCCUUCUGCAGAUGAAGUCCUGCUGUUGCGCGAGCCACAAGCUUAUUCGCGAGAAGGAGAAAGCUCUCCUUGCUUCUCAGACUCAUUUCACUGAAGAUGAAGUUGAAGCUUUGUUUGAGCUGUUCAGGAAGUUGAGCAGCUCUCUGGUGGAUGAUGGGGUUAUAAGCAAAGAAGAGUUCCAGCUGGGUUUGUUUGGGAACAGCAGGAAGCAGACCCUCCUUGCUAAUAGGCUCUUCCAAUUGUUUGAUUCCAAGAGAGACGGAGCAAUAGACUUUGAAGAGUUCGUGAGAGCUUUGAGUGUCUUCCACCCCAAGGCAGCUCAAACAGAGAAAGCUGCUUGUAAGAAACCAACUUCCUUUUUCUGCAUUCUGCUGAUUUCCUCAUCGUGUCUUUUUAUCUUGAUGGCUCAGCUGAUACAUGAUGAUUUGCCAGUUUCAUUCCAGCUCUACGACAUCUGGGAAACGGGCUUCAUCCAACGCAAAGAAGUCAAGGAGCUGUUUCUGGCACUCCUGGAUGAGUCUGACUUGCUACUCACAGAUGAAACUGUCGAGGCCAUUGUUGAUAAGACAUUCAAUGAGGCGGACUCAAAAGGCGAUGGAAAGAUCGAUGAAGAGGAAUGGAGGCACUUCACAGCUCAGUACCCAUCACUACUGCAGAGUGUGACUCUUCCACAUUUAUUGGAUGUCGGAACAGUGUAUCCGAGUUUUACAUCAGUCUGAUAUCGAUGAUGACUCGAGUAUAGUUUCACUAAAUUCAAAAAGGUGUGAUCUUUUAUUCAGAGCUGAAAUGUACACAUUUCUUACAACUAAUCAACAAGUAACAUAUAAGUGAUACAUGAUCUAUAGAACUGGAACACCAUCCAUUAAUUUUCUGCUUGUUAAUCCGGAAUAGAAAAAUAGAACAGGCAAACGGACAAUUCGAGUUUUACGUGAUAUCUCUGGAAUGUCCGCACUAAUCCACGGAAGUGUUAUUGUAGUUUUCUCAUUUAUGUAUCUUCCCAGCUGCAUCUCACCACUGCUAUUAAUAUUAAUAUAUUAAUAUUUUUUAAUAUAUAAAAGUCAAGGU